CCUCAGCCCAAAAGAGGAUCCCCGGCCGUCCAUUGGAGAUACCUCGUGUCGAGAAGACGCCGCAGCCGUCGCCAAAUCCCUCAAUCCGCCGCGGAGAAGCGCAGCCAGAGAGACCGGAGAAGAAGAUGGUGCGGGUGGCGACCUACUUCGCGAUGACCUUCGGGGCGUUCCUCUUCUGGCAGUCCAUGGACAGGGUCCACGUCUGGAUCGCCCUCCACCAGGACGAGAAGAAAGAGAGGAUGGAAAGGGAGCUGGAGAUAAAGAGAAUGCAGGCAGAGCUAAUGGCCCAAGCUAAAGAGAGUGAAUCAUGAUUAUCUUUCAGCCAAUGGUUUCAGGCAGUUCCUUUAUCACAUUUCCUCUGAUGUACUUUCCAAGUGAUACCUUGACGAAUGUAUGCUUGACACCUCCAAUAAAUUAAGAGAUGCUAUAAAUUUGUUAAAUGCAAGCAGCUAUGCUCAUGUUGAAUUA